CUCCUUUUUUGACUAAUUAUAAAGUCGCCUUCUCCACUUCUUUGCUCCCGAUUUUGCUGAAGAGUUCCGAAGCCAGAAGAGACACCCUUCUUGGAAGCGAAGGAAGCAGUCCCACCAGCGCCGUCGUCGCUUCUCUUCGUUAGCAUCUUGGAGAAAAGCCCCGCGAAGUUCUUCCGUGGAAUCUUCUGACCUCUGAGCAAGAGACUUCACCGCUCACUUCAGAAGCGCACCGUCUAUCGCGGAGCAGAGGAGAAAUACCAUGACAUUGCUUCUGAGGUGUUAUUUCUUGCUGUUGGCUCUUAACGCAUACCUUAUCCUUACCAUUCAGGCAGAAUGUACAAAAGAUUGUGCAUCCUGUGCCCAUCAAUUGGCAUAUCAUGCUGAUAUCAACCCCUUGGCAUGUACACUAGAAUGUGAAGGGAAACUGCCUUCUGCCAAAGCCUGGGAAACCUGCAAGGAACUUCUUCAGAUUACUAAACUGGACAGUCCAAAAGAGGAUGAAAGCCAUUUGCUAGCCAAAAAAUAUGGUGGCUUCAUGAAAAGGUAUGGUGGCUUUAUGAAAAAGAUGGAUGAGCUCUAUCAUGUAGAACCAGAAGAGGAACCCAAUGUUGGAGAAAUUCUUGCUAAAAGAUAUGGAGGGUUUAUGAAGAAAGAUUCAGAUGAUGAUGGUUUAGCUAAUUCGUCUGAUCUUCUGAAGGAGCUUCUUGCAACAGAAGAAAAUGCUGAAAUAGGACACUAUCAAGACUUGAGUGAUAGUGAUAGUGAGGUCCUCAAGAGAUAUGGUGGCUUCAUGAGAAGCAUAAAGCGCAGUCCAGAGCUGGAAGGUGAUGCCAAAGAGUUACAAAAGAGAUAUGGUGGAUUCAUGAGAAGAGUAGGAAGGCCAGAAUGGUGGAUGGACUACCAGAAAAGAUAUGGUGGAUUUCUCAAGCGGUUUGCUGAUACUCUUCUUCCUUCAGAUGAUGAUGGAGAAAAUUAUUCCAAAGAGGCUCCAGAGAUGGAAAAAAGAUAUGGUGGAUUUAUGAGAUUUUAGCAUUCCUUAUUUUGUCCUUUUGAUCCCAAAUCAAAGACUGCCUCAUUAACCAUAAUUUAUUGUAAUGUGUUGCUUGUACUAUACAGUUUUUUACUGUCCUGGUUAAUAAUGCAACUUAUUGUCUGUUAUUUCAGGUUUUGUGCUCUUUUAAGUUUAAAAUAAUUUGUUUUAGUCUAAUUUGUCUAUAUUGUACUUUCAUGCUAAAUCUACUUUAAUUACCAUAUCCAUUUCUUUAAAGAAUGUAAUUGUUUAACUGUAUAUAUAAUAAAUUAUUCAUCUUAACUGCAUAAAA